CCUCUCCACCACCUUCUCCUAAUCUUCUUCCUCCACUUCACCUCCUGCGCCACCGGCCCAUCCCAUCAGCCACGCUCCCUAGCUCCCCUCUAUAAAUACCAGUCCAACCUCGACUUGCACCGGUACCGGCCGGCGAACCAAGUAGCAGCUAGCUAGCUAGCAAGGGCAAGGCACGUCGUCCUCGAUCGACAAGCUCCGUCGGCGCUAGGAACAAUCGAUGGCUCUGCGGCGGCUGCUGCUGCUGCUGGUGGUGUUGCGGCGGGAGUGGCGGGGUCGCCGUGCGGGGCGUGCAAGUUCCUGCGGCGGCGGUGCGUGGCGGAGUGCGUCUUCGCGCCCUACUUCAGCUCCGACCAGGGCGCGGCGCGCUUCGCGGCCAUCCACAAGGUCUUCGGCGCCAGCAACGCCGCCAAGCUGCUCGCGCACCUGCCCCUGGCCGACCGCUGCGAGGCCGUCGUCACCAUCACCUACGAGGCCCAGUCCCGCCUCCGUGACCCCGUCUACGGCUGCGUCGCCCAGAUCUUCGCCCUCCAGCAGCAGGUCGCGAUCCUGCAGGCGCAGCUGAUGCAGGCCAGGGCGCAGAUCGCGUGCGGCGUCCAGAGCACCACCUCGCCGGUGAGCCACCAGUGGCCGGACAGCACCAGCAGCAGCAUCGCCUCCCUGCUCCGGCAGCAGGAGGUCAAUAGCGGCAGCUUCGCCACCGGCGGAGCGCUUCUGCCAGAGCUCAUGGGUGGGGACGUGUCCAUGCUGCAGCAGCAUUGCGGCGGCAAGGUGGAGGGCGGUGGCGGCGGCGCCGGGGACCUCCAGUACCUGGCUCAGGCCAUGAUGCGAAGCUCCAACUACUCCCUGUAGAAGAAGAAUAUCAUGAUCAAGAUCAAACCAUGCAUUUUGCAUGCUUCCAACAACCUCAUCAACGAUCAGAGUGCUGCUAGCUGAUGGAAUCGUUUAGGCGGCGCCAGAUCGAGCUAGAAGAACGCAAGAGGGAAUUGAUUAACCUGUACUGAACUUUUUAUCAGUGUUAAUUCUGAUCCUACAAGUUACUAUUGUACUACAUAUUAUAUAUCUAUAUAAGUAUUAGAGGAGGCGCAAGCCCUGCA